CAAAAAUAAAACAUUAAUAGUUGUGAAAGUGAAAGAAAAAAGUAGAGUUACGCCGAACGGGUAAAGCGCGGCCACGCGCGCUUACCUGCGCGGGAGCAGACGGGAUUAUUUCGUUUUUACUGCAUUUUCGAUCUUAAGGUGUUUAAGAAGAGAAUAUGUAGCUGAAGUAUAAAAUAAAGUAAACAUAUAGAAACUUAAUAUGAGUGAAACAAAUAACGUUGAGAAGCUGCAAGAACAAGAUCAAGACCAAGAUCAGCAGCAGCAGCAGCAGCAGCAACAACAACAACAGCAACAGCAGCAACAACAACAGCAGCAUCACCAACAGCACCAACAUCUCCAACAGCAACAACAAAAAUACGAGAGUGCUAGCAAUCAUUCUGAAUACCAUUGUAAAGAGUGCAAUUUAAUGUUUGACACCGAUAACAGUCUUCGUGUGCAUCUGAAUUAUCAUAAAAAAAAUACUACCCUUUGGAACAGUCAACCAGAGGAAAGCAAUAAUAAUAAUAGUAAGGCAGGAAAUAAUAAUAGCGAUCACACGAAUAUUAUAUGUGAAAAUCUAAUAACACCGGUAGACUCUAGCGAGGCAUCCACGAUGUCGCCUUCACAAGAUCCAUCGUCUUCGCGACUAAAGGCACAGCAACAGCAACAACAACAACAACAACAACAACAACAACAACAACAACAACAGCAACANCAACAACAACAACAACAACAACAACAACAACAACAGCAACAGCAACAACAGCAACAACAACAACAACAACAACAACAACAACAUCAGCAGCAACAACAGCAACAGCAACAUCAACAACAACUUCAACAACAGCAUAAACAACAGAAGCAACAAAAGCAAAAGCAGCAUCAACAACAAUCACAGAAUCAACAAUCACAGCAUCAAUCACAAACACCUCACCAACAACAGGCACAACACCAUCAGCAACAUCAACAGCAGUUGCACCAACAACAGAAUCAAAGUUAUAAUCCCUAUCCAAAUGUUCCUUUUGAUGAAAACAAUUGCUUCAUAAAGACUGAGUCAAUAUACUCCAACUACUCGCCGAAUCCAAAUAUGACAAACAAUAUAAAUAUAACUGGUCACGGAAUCUCGCGUUAUCAUCCAUAUGAUAAUAUACAACGGUUUCCAACUGACAUCACCGGUUCACGGUCGCGAAAUCAAACUUUUUGUUGCUACAAAUGCGGUUCCGCUUUCGAGGAUGAGUUUUAUUGCAAUGAGCACCAAAAAAUGUGCACGAUUUUACCUAGCAUUUAUCUGAAUCAAUCGCAGUAUCAGCAAUUAGGCACUCCUCAACACCUAUAUCAACCCCAAUUACACCUAUCCCCUAAUCAUCUAAGCCAACCACAGUUACAUCUAUCUCCUAAUCAUCUAAGUCAACCACAGUUACAUCUAUCUCCUAAUCAUCUAAGUCAGUCGCAAAUACAUCUAUCUCCAACCCAGCCGAAUCAACCGCAGUUGCAUUCAUCAUCGACUUCUCCGAGUCAAUCGCAGAUACUCUUAUCUCCAAGUCACUCGAAUCAACAACAUCAACAACAACAACAGCAACACAGUUAUGAGUAUAAUGGUGAACAAAAUGCAGACAUGGAGCCGAAACAAGAACCAGAGGAACCAGCCGAGCUUCUUGAUUUGGAUUCUCACAAGGUACAAACUCAUAGAUAUAAUACCAAUUUAAUGAGAAUUUAUAACGAGCGAGAGGAACAGCAACAACAACAGCGACGAGAGUUGCAGAUUCAAUCACAGCAACAACAGGCAAUGCAACAUCAACAGCAAGCUCCUGUUCUUCAAGGUUUGAUGGGUUGGCCAGCAGGCGCCACACUUGAUUUGACAAAUUUUCCACCCAUGAUACCUAUGGAAAAUGUACCGCCGAUUCCUGAUCAAGGACAGUACGCGCACGGUCAACAUAUGUCAGUGGAAUCAUCCUUACAUUCCGGUACCGCUGUUAUCGCUAGCACGCAUGGGAUGCCAACUUCAAUGUUAUCACAACCGUCGAAAGCUUCGGCGAUAGCCAAUCAAUCGUGGAAGAGUAACGAGCCACGACGACCAAAGUCUUACAACUGCACCGCGUGCAACAAGUGGUUCACCAGUUCGGGCCAUUUGAAGCGACAUUACAAUACAACCCUUCAUAAGAAUGCCGUGAAACAAAGCAAUCGGCCAGAUCCGGCUCACCUACCGAUAAGUGCACAUCACCAUCCUAAUAGGGAUAACGGACAUGAACGAAGAAACAUUCGCCGUACUGGAAUAACGCGAGUAUCUCCAGAGUUAUCUAACUCGCGUAGUCCUCCAAACUCCGCUGGUCCUUCAAACGAGGCACCAAGAAUGAUGCAUGCCUCUAUCUCAACCACCACUUACAAUAACAACUCCACCACCACCAACAAACCUUCCACUGUCAACCCUGGUCAACAUCACCAACAACAACCAUUGGCUUCAAUGGCUGUUUUGGGCUCCACAAUGCUACCACACAGUUCUUCAGCCCUCCCAGCCAUGGCAGCACACCACUCACUGAUGCGUUCAUCCCCGCCAAACCUAGUUCUCCAUCAACAACAGCAGCAACAUCACCUACAACAACAACAUCAUCAUCAUCAACAACAACAACAACAACAACAACAACAACAACAACAGCAACANCAACAACAACAACAACAACAACAGCAACAACAACAACAGCAACAGCAACAACAACAACAACAACAACAACAACAACAACAGCAACAGCAACAACAACAACAACAACAACAACAGCAACAACAACAUCACCAGCAGCAGCAACACCAACAAAUCCACAUGCCAGUGGGUUCACCAAUGGAGUCGCAAAUGAAUCAGAAUUUAGUUACGCCAAUAAGUCCUCCAGUGAGUUCAACACCGAAUCAACAUCUUAUUAACCAUCCACUGAGUUCACCUAUGCAACAAAGCACAAGCAUCAAUCUUAACUCAGCUCAACAUAAUCUGACAUCAGGCCAGGUUCAUCAAGGAAUGGUUUCGCCCCCUUCAAUGGUAAAUACGAUCCCUCAACAGAUUUACCCAAACGGAUUGCCCCCCCGCGUUACAGCUUCUAUCAACAUGGGCCUGCAUCAAACUUUCAACAUCACACCAAUUACUAUUGGUGAUCCAAUGAUGACGGGUCCUACGGAGGAGCCGCAACACCAGGACCACCAGCAGCACCAUCUUCAACAGCAGCCCUCAGAGAUGUUACCCAGUUUUGGGACUUUUAAUAACUCUCAACAACCUUUGCCGAGCUUCAAUCAAUUCGGCAUCUCGGGGUUCUCGGUAGGGCCCGAAUCAAUGCAGGCCGCUAGCGUGGGGGGGCUAUGUCAGGAGGAGAGAAAUUCUCCUCAAGGCAGUAAUUGUGGGUCGUGCUACGAUAAUUAUAGCGUAUCACCCCUAUAUGAAGCAUUCACAAAUUUGGAUGUUGCAUCGGGGCCAAUAGAAUACAACGUCAAUAACGGUAUGGUAGCUGGAAACUAUAAUGUAAAUGAACAAAACUCUGUAUAUACGACUGAACAAAUUUCAAUACCGAUAUCAGUUGACGGUCAAAAUCAAGUAUAUUAUCCAAUUGAAGUAAACAAUAAUGUACCAUAUUAUGUGAUAAAGGAGCGACAAGAGAGACAUGCAAAUCGCUGUCAAUCGUCCGAAAGGCAGAAUCAAGAUUGUAAAGAAAAUGGUGGGGAAAAUAAUCAAAAUAGGACACAAAAUGAACAAAAUAUGACAACUAACCCGUCCGGUAAGAUAAAAUAUCUUUGUAAAAAUUGUCCAAAAUCUUUUAACAAACCAUGCUAUUUGACUCAACAUAGUAAAUGUUUCCAUGCCGGGGAUAGACCGUAUAAAUGUACUGUUUGCGGUAAGAGGUUCAUCAGUGAAGCACAGUAUACAAAACAUAAAGCAAAACACGGAAGUGAGAAACCUUACAAGUGCACAAUAUGUCCGAAACAAUUUAACCACAAAACGGACCUUAGGAGGCAUAUUUGUCUUCAUUCUGGGAAUAAACCCUUCAUUUGCAUCGUUUGUGAAAAAGGUUUCAUAAGGAAGGAUCACAUGGUCAAACACAUGGAAACGCAUGAGAAAAAAUCUCAUAACAAGCAGAACAACAACAACAGAAAACGCGACGGAGAUGACAAAAAUAGGCAUUCCAAAAAUGCGUCCUCUCUGAGAACAUGAUCAACCAUUAUUCUAAGUUGUAUAUACAAUCAUAAACGACAAUGGCAACGACAAUGGAAAAUACGAUUUCGAUUACGAUUAAAACAACGAUGACGAUCAUUGGCUAAUCGUCAACGUGAAGAAACAACUGCAUGACUACAGAAAUUAUACUAAGGAUCGAUACUUUGGGGUACUUCAACGUUUUCUCAUUGUACGUAGAUCUUUCUUUUCUAUUUUAGAUAAUUAAAUUUAUUAUUUUAUCUGUUUAAUUGAACAAAUAUUAAAAAACAAACGACAAAAUUCGGACGAGUCGCAAUUUCAUUAUUUUUAAUUUUAUUUUUUUUUAUUUUUCUAUUUUAUCUUAAAUUUAUUUGUAUAUUUUUUAAUCUUCGAAGGGACACGUCGACAUUCCAUAUUCUAUUACACAUUUUUUCAGAUUCGUGUUUUCGAUCUUAUUCGUCGAAAGAAUUAUAAUUUUUGGAGUAAUAUCAAUUUUAUUUAUUUGUCAUUAAUUUACUUUGCAGUAUUAUUAUUAAUUGGUAUUAGGAACUCAAAAGUUCAUUGCCGCAAAUACAAAAUCCCGCCAUUGUUCUUGUCCCUCAGCAAGAUGCCUCCAUUCGCGGUCUUCGUAUCCUAUUUCUUUAAGAAAUUGAUUUUGCAUAUCUAAUAAAAAUGUUCCUUUCUCCUAAUAGUAUCUUCGAUAAAUAUGAUUUUAAAUAAGUCUCAUUCGUUUUAAUAUUAUAAUAAUUAUCAAUCGGAGAUAAAAAAUUACUGCGACGUUUAACCUUGGAAAAU